GGGAUUCAGGAUCAACGGCUGCGGGUUAACAAAUAGGAACGCAAGUUGGAUCUUCUCCAACUUCUACCAAUCCUUCCAUGACUAACGCGGGUGGUACAUUGACGUAAGAACAAUGAUCCGGUUAUUGUAAGCCUUCUGCAUACAACAGAAGGGUAGUGCUGGUCUAGCUGAGUCUAUCUGUUGAGAUAUAUAUUCUAUGGUUUGUAGGGCUGAACUUUCAGUAUUGUCAAACAUGGACCAUAGUUCUUGUGGUCUAGCGGUACGAUUCAUGAUACCCAUCCUACGUUUCAGAACGAAGAUACCUGUUGCUUCCAAGAAAGACCCACAAUAUUUCCAGCAGACUCGAUCUGGACUACUCGGACGAAUCAAAGCAAACAGCCCCUUCUUUCACUACACAUCAGGUCGUUGGGUGUAUAAUGAGCAAUCACAACUUAAGAAGCACUAUGUAGAAUUUGGCGUCCUAGCUCUGCAGCGAACCGCCAGUCGUAUAGUUGGCAGUCGGUGUGUCCAAAUGACCUAGAUACCCGAGGGGCUGUACAAUAAGGCGUUCUCCUUGAAAAUGGAGUAUGGGAGGGAGGUUCUCGCGAGAAUCUCCAACCCAAAUGCUGGCCAUCCCCAAUAUGUUGUGGCCAGUGAAGUCGCAACACUUGAUUUUGUGCGUGAUGCUAGAUGCUCUGCAUUCAAUCUGCUUUGGCUAACUCUAGAUGUAAAACACCUUGCAGCUUCGCAAC